CUCAUAAUUUGGUGAGAUGUUCAAAAAAGAUCACAAGGAUUUGAAUGACAUGUUUUGGAGUUUAAGGAUAAUCAAAUAUCAUGUGUUUCUUGUAGUAGUAUUACUCUUGUGAUUGUUUUUUGACGAUUUGCGCAAUUUGUAUUUCAUUUCAUUAGCGUGGGAGGAUUUGAGAAUAUGUUAAUUGACAUGUGUUAGGUAAACUAUUGUCAUGCAUAUGUGAAAAUUUGUGUUCUGUAAGAAAAUAUGAAACAUGUUUGAUAUUUGACCCGAAAUCAGCCAACCAAACAUGACCCGACCCGUAACCGAAGUCCCCAACCCCAAAUUAUCCAACCCGACCCGUUUGCUAGGUCUAUACCAAGGUCAACGAUAGGGGUGCUAAAUAGAAAAUUAGCAAUCAACCCCAUUAACUUAAUCAAAUUAAAGUAAUCAAAUAUCACAUCAGUACACAAAUAAAUAGUAUUUAAUCCUCUGAACGAGCAACCCCACAUUGAUCUUCAUGGAUUUCAUCUGCUUGCCCAAUAAUUCAAUGCUAGCCUAAUACCAGUUCAAAACAAGGUCACAUGGCUAAUAAAAGAAAUCAGGGGCUGGCAUGGUUGCAAUAAUGACCUCAAAACUCGAACAAAAAACAAGAAUGCGAUAUAAGAAUCGACGUGAUAAAAAAUCUUAUAGAGUAACCAGCUAGCAAUUCAAAUAUGUUCAAAAUUGUACGUAUUGGUCGAUCCGGCGUUUAAUCUGUUCGACACGUAGAACAAUCUUUUAAUUUAGAACGAUACAUGAAAUCACACCACUUCGAUUCGAUACACCCAAAGAAUGACAAAAUUUUCAACCAUGACCAAUUCUAGUAUAGUAGAGGAGGAAGUGUCACCCCGACUUUGAAAAAGAAUUGUAGAAGAUGAUGCUGGCCGACGACAUGUAAGGCCUGGACGAGAAGUUGUGGUCCUGAGUUUUCAUGAACUCUCUGGCUGCUUAAGGGUAUGAUGAUACCAUACCAUCAUGUUUGAGGCCUCCCCCAACCUAAGUUGCAUCAUGGGGCCGGGCUCGAAAACUUUGCGAUUUGGUCCAGACCAGAUCAUAUGUACAAUUUACAGUGGGACUGUAGUAGAGUUCAAAGAUUGUACCAAAUACUAUAUAAUCCAAAAAAAAAAAAAAUCAUGUCUAUGCAUGUAAUCUGAUUCAUUACGAUCCUAGACCAACAUACUAUCAUGCCUGUGCAAUCUAGUUCGAUAUGGUUUCCUACUAAUAGGGUAUCUUCUGUAAAUAUUUACAGUUCUCAACACUAACAUGUAAUUUGAAGAUAAGAUGAAUCAAUUCCCAAUAUAAUAUUAGUGUUUAAGCAAAUGCUAGGAUACUAAGAUGCUUGCCCUAAAGGUUCAAGGAAUAAUGCAACGAGAUAACGGAAAGAGGAAUACGUUCCUCCAAAUGUCACUAUGUCCCAGUCAAAGAUACCAGUAACAAACAGGGGCCCACCUUCGCCGUUACCGAACCCGUCAAGUCAACCACAACGCAAAUAAAAUGGGCCUGAUGGGCCUAAAUUUCGACGUCCGUUACUUUACCCAUCCGGGCCCAUAAGGAAACUACCGGCCCACUCACAGCAAAAGAACCGCCCGAAGCCGGAGAGGCGGAGACUAGAGAGUCAACUAGAGUCAAAGACACAUCAAAAAAUAAAAUAAAAUAUUUAUUUAUUAGCCGUUAUUAGACGAAGAAGGUGGAAAAAGUAAAAAAAAAAAAAACAAGUUUACUCUCGGAGCUAGCAGAGAGGGGGAGAAUCAGCCAUGGCCGAGAGCGAAAGAUUGGACGCUGUCCAACCGCAGCAAAACGACGAGGUGAAACAGCUACACAGUGACGAUGGGGACAAGAAUUUGGAUGUGGGCGGGGAGGAAUUGGAGCCAGCCGUCGUCGACGACGACGACGGAGAAGGAGGUGAUUGUGAUGGUGAUGAAGGUGGUGAAGGCGAGGCUCGGCGCGGCGAGCUGAGUAGAGUCGUUGCUGAGGUGGAAGAAGGUGCUGGCGCGGAUUCGAUGGGGUCUAGGCCGGAGGAGGAGUCCGGAAACCUAGGUGCGGCGGCGGCGGCAGUACCGGAGAGCGAUCAGUGUGUAGGUCAAGUGAGGAAUUCGGCUCUGGAGUCGAGUACGGCGGCUGAAUUCAAGGAACAUGUGGGAUCAUCACAACAAGAAGUUUCAGAGUGUGAAUCAACACAUGAUGCUAAUGCUGAUAGAGAAAAUGGGCUUCAGUUGUGUGUUUGUCCAGCUCCUGCAUCAGAGAUGUCGCCAACUUCGGUUACCGAACCCAUAUCAGCUGGUCCAAGUCCAACUGUUCCGGACCAGAGGUUGCCUGUGCCGAAGGGUACCAGUGGUCCUGUGCAAGAAGCGGAUCGACCGAAGCCCUCUGACAUUAGAAAUCUAGUUAUACCUGUUUUGAAAACAGCUACCCCUGAUGGUUACAAUUGGCGGAAGUAUGGUCAGAAGCAAGUGAAGAGUCCUAAUGGUUCUAGGAGUUACUACAGGUGCACGCAUUCCGACUGUUUUGCUAAGAAGAUCGAGUGCUCUGAUCAUUGUGGCCAUGUCAUUCAGAUUGUAAAUAAAGGAAUGCAUAGUCAUGAUCCACCUCGGAAGAGCAAUUCCAAAAGGGUAAGUAGGAUGCCAGCAUCCAGUGGGCAUAUUUCAGGGGAUGUCAUUACAGAACAUGCAAUUAGACUUAAGGAAUCAGAUCCAGCAACGCCGUCUAAAGAACUUACAGAAAAGAAGUUCAUAAUUGCUGAUAGAAAACGUUUGAGCCCAAGUGGCUCUAGUGAGACUGAUCAAGGUCAACUGAAAGAGGAACACACUUGUGUACCGGAACCCCCAAAAAGGGUGAAAAAGGACGACCUGGAUUGCUCACGGGCUCUCACUAAUCCCGGAAAGAAACCUAAAUUUGUUGUGCAUGCAGCAGUUGAUGUUGGGAUCUCAGCUGAUGGGUAUAGAUGGCGAAAAUACGGACAGAAGAUGGUAAAGGGAAAUACUCAUCCGAGGAACUACUACAGAUGCACAUCUGCCGGUUGCCCAGUCCGCAAGCACAUCGAGACAUUAGCAGACAACUCAAGCUCCGUCAUCAUAACAUACAAAGGCAUCCAUGACCACGACAAGCCUGUCCCAAAGAAGCGUCACCGCCCACCCAGCGCUCCUCUCCUCGCCACCCCAGCUGCACCAGACUCCAUGAACAAUGCCGUCCAGCAGCACAAUAAGAGAGCCGAGUCCCCGAGGAAUCCAGAAACCUCGGUCGCUGGUGGAAACAACGACAAGAAGGACAAGGCGGUCGAAUCGUCAUCCCGGGCUCUCAUAAGCAUUGGCUUCGAAGUCAAGCCUUGUUAAGUAAGUAAAGUAAUCAAUGGGUGUUCAUCAUCCUGUUCCUGUUCCAUUUCUUUUUCUCGUUUGCUUUCCUUUUUUAGUGAAUGAGUGUUUGCUUGUGAACACUUAGAAGAAAGUAAAAAGAGAACUGUUGUAUAUGAGUGUAUUAGUGGUGGAAUGUUGCUGCCCCGUGAUCCGGUUGACUGACUGGGAUAAUAUUAGUAUUUAACGUUAACCAAUCUUGUAUCUAGUUGAUUAAUAGCUAAUUGCUGAGUUAAUCGAGAUCCGAGUUCGAGCCUUCUCUUUGUCUGUAAGGGGACCCAUGUCCAUAAUUUCUCAUGGUUUCUCAGACAGGUCUCUGAUUAGCAGUAACCUGGUAUGGGACAAGCAUGGGCUUCCAGCUUUUUUGUGGUUAUGGUUUUGACUUAGUAAUCAAUGCUUGUCAGUUUCAACAUCUUGAAUCAUUGCAAAGUAGAGGGGAGGGAGAGGAUGGUGCCCUACAACAGUGUCUUUGUGUAGGGGAGUCCUCUUGCCCCUCCUGAGGGGAACAGUUGUGUUUAUGCUUGGUGACCUACUCCCCCUGCCCUUUCUCUUUCCCUUUAGUCUACAUCUUAAUCAUUCAAGUCAAUCAGCGUUCAAAGUUUUGAGCUGUCUUGUCUGCCUAGCCCACCACCUAAUCUCUUUCUCCACACUAAAGUUGAUCGUUAUACGUCGAAAUGUUUUCCUAGUGGGUGGAAAGGUAGCAUCUUGAUGCGUUGAAGAACCUUUCUUGGUCAUCUAUGUUAGAGUGUUAUGCAAUAACUACACAUACGAGAGUCGCGUCGUCAGAAUCAACAAUAAUGUGACCUUGGGGGAGUAUAUACUGUGGAGCUCUACCUCCCACUGGGUGAUCAGAGGCUGUAGAAAUCAAGCAGAGCUCAAAUCGAAGGGUCUGUAUGCAGAACAACCUUCCGUGAAAUUCGUCUUCCAAGUUAGCCGGAGGUCAAGCUAAAACGACUGUCGAUUCAGCUCAAGUGAUGAUGCUCCCUCCUAAGUUGUAGCAUCAGAUACAACUUAUUCAUUGUCUCAUGAAUUGCGCGCAUUGGACUAUGACUUGGAAGACAAUAAUGUGAUGAUGCUCCCUCCUAAGUUGUAGCAUCAGAUAGUCGUUUUAGCUUGACCUCCGGCUAACUUGGAAGACGAAUUUCACGGAAGGUUGUUCUGCAUGCAGACCCUUCGAUGAUGCUCCCUCCUAAGUUGUAGCAUCAGAUACAACUUAUUCAUUGUCUCAUGAGUUGCGCGCAUUGGACUAUGGCGUCGUCAGAAUCAACAAUAAUGUGACAUUGGGGGAGUAUAUACUGUGGAGCUCUACCUCCCACUGGGUGAUCAGAGGCUGUAGAAAUCAAGCAGAGCUCAAAUCGAAGGGUCUGUAUGCAGAACAACCUUUCGUGAAAUUCGUCUUCCAAGUUAGCCGGAGGUCAAGCUAAAACAACUAUCGAUUCAGCUCAAGUGAUGAUGCUCCCUCCUAAGUUGUAGCAUUAGAUACAACUUAUUCAUUGUCUCAUGAAUUGAGCGCAUUGGACUAUGGCUUGGAAUACAAAUAAAGGGUCUUCAAUUUUAAAUGAAAGAAGAUAUGACACAUUUGAAUAUAAACUAACUUUCAGGAAGAUCCCAACUAUACAAAAAAUCAUACAUUUCCAAGUGUGGAACAGGGCGGGCAAACCCACGUCCACCAACAGCCACAAUUCCUUCACCAUCAUCUGGUUAAAGAACAACAAUGAAUUUUCUUUUAUAAUCUACAGAUCUAGAGUGGGAGAAUGGGACAAGAUUCCUUCCUAUCAUGAUGCGGCAGCAGCCAGAAAUGGAAUUUCCUUUCGAUUUAUACAGACGAAGGGGGAAAAAACUGGUCCAUCAAGUUGAGUAAUAGCACAGUACUGCAUCAGCUGCUAUGCUUCCAAGCUCAAGUCAUCAAUGGCUGAUGUUGCUAUGCCUCCAAGCUCAAGUCAUCAAUGGCUAUGGACAUCUCUGAUCCUAUGUUUCCGCUGUUCGUUUUUUCACCACCAUCUUGUCCUUGUUCUUGAUCACCUUCUGCUGCAACUGUAGCCUUGAUAGUGCCAUUCUCUUCCUUCCCUUCUGCCACAUUUACACAUUCCUGGAAUCUGAAGCAGCCGAUGAGAUGGUCGUUUGUUAUACCUGCCGACUGCAUGAAAGAGUACACGAUUGUCGGCCCCACACUGCGGAACCCUCGCCUCACGAGGUCCUUGCUUAUGGCAUCUGCUUUGGGGGACUUCACGGGUACCUGCCUUGGGUACCGGAGUCGGUUUACUAUAGGCUUGUUGUUCACGAAGCUCCAUAUGUAUUUGUCAAAGGAACCAAACUCUUCUAUCACCUGCAGUCAACAAAACAACAAACCUGCAUAAUGUUAGCUGCAAUAUUAGGUAUGUCAUUACAAUUGUUUGUAUAAUGAUUGGAUUGGCUGAAAGAGCAACAACACUUAGGGGUCAUUUGGAUGUUGGUUUGGGUGACAGAUUUCAGCACCAAAUCCACGAGAAGUGGGUUUGCUUAUAACCCUUGUUUCGUGGAGCCAGAAAGGUGCCAACUCCAUGGACCUAAGGAAUCCACGAGGGUACCGAAUUAGUUGGCUCACGGUAUGGGUUUUCAAAUCCAUCUAUCCUCAUAUCUACCUUCUCCCAUUCAUUUAACCUUUAAAAGUAUUAGGAAGAGUGUUAAUGUCAACUGAUGCAACGGAUCCGGCCUCCGGGACCGCAUUAGCGCCCUGGAAGACAGGAAACGGGCCCUCCUCCAAGAACAUAAAUACCUCAUUGUGAUUCACUCACCCGCAACCGGAGAGACUAGAAUAGAAGAGUCAUAUAGUU